AAUCGAGCUGUAGUUGGAAAGUUGAUGAGUGUACUACACACGUUGCUAUGUACUACAAUGUAGUACAUGCAAAGAGAUCUGCUCUUGGAAUGAUUUUGUGCGUGUGUUCUCACUCUUCUAUGAAUGGCUUUUAGUGGUACUAAAGGCAUCAAUAAAUACGGGAUUUUAUUCCUAAUGUGUAUUGCGUAAACUUGCUCUGAGUUGAUUCCUCGGCUAAAUUUGAGAGACCCAUCUGGGAAUUUGUGUGGUUAAUUUUCACGGUUGUCGUGUGGUGCCUAUUAAUAUUCCUGUGAUUACAUUUGAGGACCCAAUUGGGUUUUGUUGCUGUUAAAUCGUUCUUUGGAAGGUUUCUGCGAGUCAACCAACAGGUCCUCGAAUACCCACCCAUAUGGUAGUUUCUGAGUUCUCAUGGCACGUGGGCCUGUUUAGGAGGAUAGAAUGAAGAAGGUGACAAAAACUCAUUUGGGUUUUUCUGUUCCGUGAAAAUUCCUUCAAAUAUAUUGAUGUAUAAUUCCAAGAAAGAAUCUUGAGAAUUUAUAGGCUUGCCUUGCCAGAGUUCUGACUUUGUGUAUCUGAGCAAAGGAGAAAAGGAGGAAAAAAACUGAGGCGGAGAUUUUGAUCAUUCAAAUCGGGAACAUGCAAGAAAAAGAGUUGAAUGAGAUCGGGAAUUCUGAGAGAGAGGACAUCGAGCAGAUUCAAGAAGAGCCAGAGGACUUGAAGAGAGUCACACCCUGGAAGAGACAGAUAACAAUUCGAGGACUUCUAGCUAGCUUAGUUAUCGGAAUCAUUUACAGUGUGAUAGUGAUGAAGCUUAAUCUCACUACUGGGCUAGUCCCCAACCUCAAUGUCUCGGCUGCUCUCCUUGCCUUUGUCUUCAUCAGGACAUGGACUGCACUGCUCGAGAAAGCAGGAAUUGUAUCAAUUCCAUUCACUCGACAGGAAAAUACCAUAAUUCAGACUUGUGCAGUGGCAUGUUAUAGCAUUGCUGUUGGAGGUGGUUUUGGGUCUUAUCUGUUGGGUUUGAAUACAAAGACAUAUGAACAAGCAGGGGUUGAUACCGAGGGGAAUACUCCUGGGAGCACCAAGGAGCCUGGGAUUGGUUGGAUGACUGGUUUCCUUUUUGUAAGCAGCUUUGUUGGGCUGUUGGCAUUGGUUCCUAUCAGAAAGAUCAUGAUAAUUGACUACAAAUUAACUUAUCCAAGUGGAACUGCUACUGCAAUUCUCAUCAACGGGUUCCAUACUCCAAAAGGAGACGAGAUGGCGAAGAAGCAAGUUCGUGGGUUCACAAAGUUCUUUUCAUUUAGUUUUGUAUGGGCUUUCUUUCAAUGGUUCUAUUCUGGUGGAGAGCAAUGCGGAUUUGCUCAGUUUCCUACAUUUGGAUUGGAAGCUCGGAAGAACUCAUUUUACUUCGAUUUCAGUAUGACCUAUAUUGGAGCGGGAAUGAUCUGUUCCCAUCUCGUGAACUUGUCUGUACUUCUUGGUGCCGUGCUCUCUUGGGGAGUAAUGUGGCCACUGAUAAGGGGGCUAAAAGGGGAUUGGUACCCUGAAACUUUAUCGGAAAGCAGUAUGAAGAGUCUUAAUGGUUACAAGGUUUUUAUUUCCAUUUCCCUGAUCCUGGGAGAUGGGCUUUACAAUUUUCUCAAGAUACUAUACUUCACUGCCACAAAUAUCCAUGCAGAAGUGAACAAGAAGAAACUUAAAUCAUCUCCGGAUAACCAGAAUCAGCCUCUUGAUGAUCUGCGACGAAACGAGGUAUUCAUAAGAGAGAGCAUUCCCAUAUGGGUGGCAUGUACAGGGUACAUACUCUUCUCCAUUGUAUCCAUCAUUGCGAUUCCACUCAUGUUCCCUGAGUUGAAGUGGUAUUACGUAGUUGUUGCCUAUGUUCUUGCACCCUCUCUUAGCUUCUGCAAUGCUUAUGGUGCGGGUUUAACUGACAUGAACAUGGCGUACAAUUAUGGCAAAGUGGCUCUUUUUGUGCUUGCUGCCUUGAGUGGAAAAAACAAUGGCGUGGUUGCAGGACUUGUUGGCUGUGGUUUAAUUAAAUCCAUAGUUUCCAUCUCUUCUGAUUUGAUGCACGAUUUCAAGACUGGUCAUCUCACUUUCACUUCCCCUCGAUCAAUGCUUGUAAGCCAGGCUAUUGGGACAGCAAUAGGCUGUGUGGUAGCUCCUCUCACUUUCUUUCUAUUCUACAAGGCUUUUGAUGUUGGGAACCCACAUGGAGAAUACAAAGCCCCUUAUGCCAUCAUUUACCGGAACAUGGCAAUUCUAGGUGUUGAAGGCUUCUCUGCCCUACCCCAUCAUUGCUUGCAACUCUGCUAUGCGUUUUUUGCCUUUGCCAUAGCAGCCAACUUGCUGAGAGAUCUUAACCCCAAGGGUAUUGGGAAAUGGGUUCCUCUUCCAAUGGCCAUGGCUGUGCCUUUCCUUGUUGGUGCUUACUUUGCAAUUGAUAUGUGUAUGGGGAGUUUGAUUGUGUUUACAUGGCACAAGCUAAAUGACAGGCAGGCCAGUUUGAUGGUUCCUGCAGUUGCCUCUGGUUUGAUAUGUGGAGAUGGAUUAUGGAUUCUCCCUUCAUCAAUCCUUGCUUUGGCCAAGAUACAUCCUCCCAUCUGCAUGAACUUCUUUCCAUCCAGGUAAAAUUUCUUUGCGACUGAGAGAGAAAGGAUAAAUGGGAUGAUCUGACACGAGUGUUAGACAAGCAUAGGAAUGAUAGUCUGUUUCAAUUUAAGUAUAAUAAUGCAGCAUUUUGAAUUAGUGUACCAAAGCUGCCACAGAAUUUGCAUGUAAAUGAUCUCAAGUGGGAGGGAAGCACUGGUCAUUGACACUGUAAACGACCAAGUUGGACUAAACUUGCUCAGUUACUCUGUCUGUAUUAAAUGAAUGAUUACCAACUUAAGCUGCUAA